AUGCACUCUCGCAAGCAACACUUGCAGACAGAGUCAAGCGGGAAGGCGGAGCGGGGCGAGGAGGAGGAGGAGGAGGAGGAGGAGGACACUUUCGCCCCGGAGGACGAGAGGCACCGAGACCGACACAGCCGCCCCGUCCCGUCCCGCCCGGCGAUGGCGCCCCUCCCGCGGGGACUUUGGCUGCUGGCCGCCGCCGCCCUGGCCCUCCCGGCCCUCCCGCUCCCCACCGCCCCGGCCGGGGCGCCUCUCCUCCACUUCAGCCCCCACGACGGCCCUUUUCUUGAGGGCGGCAACGUGACGAUGGCGUGCCUGGCGGAGGACGAGGGCGAGGAUGGCAGCGGGUUCUUUUUCCAGAAAUACAGCAAGUGGCUACACACGUGGGUCACUCUGGAUGCCAUGAGCGGGUUGCGCUGCUGGUUUUACGACGUCACAGUGAGCCACGAAGACGGGCGCCUCCUCCUGAGCAUCAGCAACCUGCAGUCUUGGCACACCGGGCCCUACCGCUGUGCCAGCUCCAACGCCACUGGCAACGCUUCCGUCUCCGAAGCACAGGACCUGCAAGUGGAAUAUCUCCACAACGUCUUCCUGACUCGUUCCAACACUUGGUGUGGGACCAUUGGGGAGAGCGUCACAGUGGUCGAGGGGGCCAACCUGGAGCUUCUCUGUUCAUCCGACGCCUCAAAGGACCCGAUUUAUGAGUGGAGCCGGAAGGGGGACGACUGGGUUGUGGUGUCAAAUUCCUUGACUCUCCCCAAGGUGAACCGGGAGCACGCAGGGACCUACACCUGCCAAGCCCAGCAUCCCAGCUUGCCCCAGCUGACCAAAAGAAAGUCAGUGCAGCUAUUUGUAGAGGGCAGUGAGCGUGCAUUCACGCUUGAGUCCGUGCUGACGCAGAGCACCCCGGUGCUGGCCCUGGCGGUGGCUGUGCCGGCCAUGCUGCUGCUCCUGGUGGUGCUGGUGUUUGCCAUCCUGAUCCCCCGCCAUCGGGCAGCCGCCAAGAAGAAAGCAGCCCUGGAAGAUUUUAGCCAGCGUACACCCAUCUACAAAGGCAGCGUGGAAUCUGUGCCUUCGGCGGUGGUAGGGGAUACCCACCCUCUGGUGAUGUAAUCAGGGUCCACAGG